AAAUCAGAAAAAAGGUUGAAGACAACUCUAACUACUUUGAGUGAAGCCAAAAUAACAUUACAACAGAUCUGUACGUCACAGAUUCACACACUCCCAGAAUAAUUACUAUAAAUACCAAACACUACGCACCCAUUCAUUCACAAAUCUACGCACAACACACAGAUCUACUGUGAUAUUACUCACAUUUGAUUAGCUUUUUUUAGAACUUUCAACGGCAAGUAAUGGCUUUGAUGAAGACUGGCGUUAUUGCUUUGUUUGAUGUCGAUGGCACACUUACUGCUCCGCGAAAGGCGGUCACCUUGAAAAUGUUACAAUUUAUGAAGGAACUUGGAAAGGUGGUCAAAAUUGGGGUUGUGGGAGGAUCAGAUCUUGUAAAGAUAUCAGAGCAACUGGGGCAAACAGUGAUAACUGACUACAAUUAUGUAUUUGCUGAAAAUGGCCUAGUUGCUUACAAAGAUGGGAAACUAAUUGGUACCCAGAGCUUGAAGACCUUUAUCGGUGAAGAAAAUCUUAAGGCAAUUAUAAAUUUUAUACUUCACUACAUAGCUGACCUGGACAUUCCUAUCAAGCGGGGGACAUUUAUUGAGUUCCGAAGCGGAAUGAUAAACGUCUCACCCAUUGGCCGCAACUGUAGCCAGGAAGAAAGAGAUGAAUUUGAAAGAUAUGACAAGAUUCACAACAUACGCUCGAAACUGGUGUCACUGCUGCGAGAGAAAUUUGCUCAUCUGAACCUCACUUACUCUAUUGGCGGUCAGAUCAGCUUCGAUGUGUUUCCUCAAGGUUGGGACAAAACAUAUUGCUUACAGUACCUUGACGAAUUCACUGAAAUUCACUUCUUUGGGGACAAGACUUAUAAGGGUGGCAAUGACCAUGAAAUAUAUGAAUCUGAGCGAACUCAUGGUCACACAGUUACAAGCCCUGAGGAUACGAUGAAGCAAUGUACCAGUCUCUUUUUGGACAACUGAUCAAAGAGUUCUCGACGGUUAUCAAAUGUUUCUAGUUCGCUUUGUAACUUUUGUUGAUCAGUUGUAACCAUAUAUUCAUUGAUGUUUUUUACACAUACUGAAAGUUUUGUUUACUAACAUUCUCUGUGGUUGAAAUUUGUAUACCGUUUUCUUUGAAA